AUGAGCGCCGUAACCUCGGCGAUGCGAUCCAGCCCGCGCUGGGCGCAAGCGGCAGGAAACGCGCAGCUGAACUCGGCAGCGAGCGGCACCGCAGCGCUAAGCCUUACACGCACGGCCUACACUCUUGCACGCGCCGAUGCUGCGCCAGAGACUGAGCAACAAGGCCAUGUUGGCCUGCUCGGCGGAUUUACCGUGCUUCGUGCACAGCUGCGACUUGUGCCUGACGUCACAUCGCUCCCUCUCCCCGCUGUUCUCUCGCAUUUUUCGCGGGUGAUUGUGAAUGCACAGACGACUGGUGCAGUGACUCUCUUUGUGCUGGACGCCGUGGCUGCAUUUUUGGAGCAAGGGCUCUUUCGCACAAACAGCGUCGGUCUUGUUCGGGCCGUCCAGGACGUUGCACACGCCACGAGCCACUGCCGAUUUGAGCCGUUGGAUGCGAGCAAAGACGAGGUGGUCUUGCUUGCCCUCCUCGACGUGAUGGAAGCGCUUGUCGGCGGCCAUGCACUCAAUGCGGACGGGACAAACGGACCUGUCCUUGUCGAGAUGCUCGGCAACAAGAGCGUGUGUGAGAUGCUCGAAACGUGUUUGAGCAUUGGGUGCCAGGCAAGACUAAGCGCUGCAUUGCGGCGCUCUGCAGAAGAUAAAAUGCGCGCAAUGACGCGCGCAAUCUUCUCGCGGCUGUACGGGAUGCCGAAUGAAUCACGCUACGAGCCCGAGCUUGCCACACUCACCGCCGAGCCUGUGGGCGAGGAUGCCGGGAAAGGUAUACACCGUAUGGCGACACCAGACCCAAAAAGCUUUAGCAUCAGUGAAGCAACGGCCGAUCGCGACGCGCUGGAGGAACAAGCGCAAGCGACAGACUCACAGACGAUGGAAGAAAGCGGCGUGCUUCCUGGCGAUCCUGCAGGCGCGUCUGCGCCUUUGCCUGCUGAGCCUGUUGCCGAGCCUGCUGCCGAGCCUACGAUGCAAGUAGACAAGGAGGAGGAGGAAGCGCGCGCCGAGGAGCUGUAUCCUUUCGGUCUCCCUGCACUCACCGAGGUUCUCCGUGUCCUGGUGUCGCUACUCGAUGCCCAAAGCACGCGGCACACUGCGACGAUGCGCAUCCUUGGCCUGCGUCUGCUCACGGACCUUUUUGAGACGCACGGCAAGAUUAUCGGCCAAUUUCCCACGCUGCGUGUGCUGAUCGAAGAUUCAGGGUGCAGGCACCUUUUCCAGCUCGCCGAUUCCGACAAUGGCGUGCUUGUCUCCGGCAGUCUGCGCCUCUUUGGCGUCCUGCUCGAUACGAUGGGCGACCAUUUGAAGCUGCAAAAAGAGCUGCUCCUCCUCUUCCUUAUGCAGCAGCUGCAGCCCUCGAUACCGAUACAACAAGAGCCCUGGGGCAGCACAGAGGGCUUGCGGUACCGUGCUACCACCCUGCCUGGCUUUGGCAGUGCCGCCACCGGCGAGACGCGCGAGUUGUUCCUCGAGAUGCUCACCAUGCUAUUGGACUUGCCUUCGGAAAAUGUGUUUGUCGACUUGUGGCGCAAUUAUGACUGUGAUUUGCAGUGCAGCAACGUGCACGACGAGCUUGUCGGCUUCCUUUGCCGCUCGAUUUUUUCGCUUCCCGCAUCCGAGCCUGCUGCCCCGAGGGCGGCCAUGUCUGGACUGCAAGUCGUUGCGCUGGACUUGGUCCUUGUGCUGCUUGCACGCAUGGCAGCGCGCUUGGAAGCGCCGGUAGCGAGCCCAGAAAUCGAGCUGCUCUUGGCGCAGCAUGCACGCAAACAGGUGCUUGCCGACGGAGCCGCUGCCUUCAACCAGAAACCGCGCCAAGGCAUUGCGUUUUUGGAAAGAGAAGGUCUUGUUGACACGACCCAAGGGAACGAGGUGCGUGCCCAAGGCAUUGCGCGCUUCCUCAAAGAGUCUCCGCUGGUCGAUAAGCGCCUCUUGGGCGACUACCUCUCGCGCCCCGAAAACCUCGACAUUCUCGCCGCAUUCAUGGCCCUCUUUGACUUUUACCGCGUCGAUGUCGCCGAGGCGAUGCGUGCGCUUUGCGAAGCCUUCCGCCUGCCUGGCGAGGCUCAGCAGAUUGCGCGCGUCACAGAGACCUUUGCCAGUGCGUACUAUAGCUGCAAGCCCGAAGGGAUACGCAGCGAGGAUGCCGUGUAUGUGCUUGCGUACAGUAUCAUUAUGCUGAAUACCGACCUGCAUAACCCACAAGUGACGCGCCGUAUGUCGGUCACGGACUACAAAAAGAACUUGCGCGGCGUCAACGACGGCGAGGACUUUGACCCUGACAUGCUUGCCACGAUUUACGAAGGGAUCCGCCGCCGCGAGAUCGUGAUGCCAGAGGAGCAUGCGGGGCAAUUGGGCUUUGACUAUCUCUGGAAGCAGCUCCUGCGCAAGAUCCGUCCCACCGAUACCUUGCAGCGUACUGCAGGCACUGCGCUGGACCGCGAAUUAUUCCGGCAAAGCUGGCGGCCGUUUGUCGCGAGCAUUAUCCAUGCCUUUGCCGUGCUGCAGGACGAGCAUUUGCUGCAGCGCACGAUUGCAGGAUGCAGGCAGUGUGCGGUACUUGCGCGCGCGUUUGACGUCACCGAGAUGUUUGAUUACAUGGUGCACCACUUUGCCCUAGCAACGCGUCUCGUAGAUUCGCCCACCGCGAAAAACACGGCUGGGAACGCCGAGCAUACUACCGAGCAAGCGACCAUCAUCAUCAGCCCCCUUUCGGUCGAGUUCGGCACCAACUUUAAAAGCCAGCUCGCCUCUGUCGUCCUAUUUGCGAUUGCCAAUGGAAACGGCGGCGCAAUCCGCUCGGGAUGGGACGAUAUCUUGGCCGUGUUUGAAAGCCUGCUGCCGAACGGUCUGCUGCCGCCCCAAAUCGCGUGCAUGUACGAUCCUGCAUCGCAGCGCCGCGUGCCGAUUCCCCUCAAGGCGAAAAAAGGCCCCGCGGUGCGCAGCAGCAGCCAAAGCCAGGGCGGGCUUUUUUCCACGCUCUCUAGCUAUUUCCUCUCCCCGUACGGGAACGCGAGCGACCAAAUGGAAGUGACCGAGGCGGAUGUAGACAGCACGCUGUGCACCUCGGACUGCCUCGCAUCGUGCAAGAUCGAGGAGCUCUACGCGCAGAUCGCCGCAUUGCCGGACGAUGCACUCGGCGCGUUUUUGGAGGCCGUCCAGCAUCGACUUGCGCGACUCGACAAGGAGGAAACGGCGCUGGAGUACAGCCCUACCAUACUUUUCCUUCUCGAGCAGCUUGUCGACGGCGUCAUUUCCCGCGCGAGUCUGUGCAGUGCCCACGGCGAAAAGACGCUCUCCCUCCAUCGCGCCAUCCUCGAGCGCGCCGUGGCGCACCAUCCGCUCGAGCUGGAGCGUGCGUUGGUCGGCAUCACACGCAUGAUCGGUGCCGAGGCGCGCUACGGCAUGCCGGCCAAAAACGAUGUUUGCGCAUUGCUCGCACAGCUCCAGCAGAUUCCCGAGGCACUGCACGCCGCUAUAUCGCCCGCCGUGCUCGGCGUUUUGCUCGCGCUGCUCCGCACAACCCAUUCGCUCUUGUCGGCCCGGCAAGAGUGGCUGCCCCUGCAGCAGGUCGUGACGAUGUACGCCGCCGUGCGCCGCGAACAGAGCGUGCGUCUUUCGUUUGCGCUUGCGUCCUUCUUGCUGGACCAUGCAUGCACGCCUGCCAACUACGCACUGCUCAUAGAAAUGACGCGCGAGCUGAUCUCGUCGGCAGACCGUGCCAUGUGGCUUGUCGCCCGGGAACACGCACAGGCGCGCCGGACGCUGACGGAGCAGCGCGAGCAGAGCGACUGGCAAGCGGCUGUGCAGAGUGAGAGCCUAGUUGCGCUCGCGGCGCUCGAGCGCGUGAAGAGCCAUAUUCCAUCGCUCCUUGGCGGCACGGAGAAUUUGCAGCAGGCAUGGGGGGCGUAUUGGCUGCCGCUUUUUGCUGCCUUGGCGCAGCAGUGUGUGAACGCAAACCGUGCCGCGCGGCAGGCGGCCGUUGUGCAUUUGCAGCGUGCUGUGCUUACGCCAGAGGUGCUGAAGCGAGCGCCGCCGCAGAUGGCAGUCCACCUGGAGGCUGUUUUCCAUAAUAUUCUCCUGCCGUUGCUAGAGACGCUAUUGCAGCCGGAAACGCUUCGUGCGGACCUCUUGGUGCAGGGAGAUGUCGAGGGCGAUACGAUCUAUGGGACGCGUGCGAAUGUGUGUUUGUUGCUGUGCAAGGCCUGGGUGCAUUACCACGGCAAGGUCGGCGACGAGCUGUGCGGCGCGGCUGUGGAUCCUGCCGCGCUACAGCGUUUCUCGCGCUUGUGGCUCGGCGUGCUCAAGGCCGUUGUGCAUUUCCUCAAGUCUAAAUCCAUUUCGCAGCACGAGGCGGUGACCGAGCAGCUAAAAAAUAUUCUGCUGGUGAUGCACGCGGGUGGAUUCCUUACCUUGCCAGGCGUUUGGGACGCAACGUGGCGUGUUGUCGAUCCUGUGCGGCCGGGAAUGCGUGCGGAAGUGGACAAGAGUGGGAAAAGCGCGGAGAGGGGUGGGGCAGAGGAAGAUGGCGCAAGGGCGAGUGUUGCCGAGGCGAGUGCGGUCGAGGCCAAUGGUGCCGAGAUCAAUCCUGCCGACGCCAAUGGUGCCGACGCCAUUCCCGCCGAGACCAUUCCCGCCGACGCCAAUCCCGCCGAGGCCAGUGGCACUGCGAUGCAUGCCCCCGCAUCCCCAAAUGCCUCACGCAUUGUUCUGUAG